UUGACAAUCCUUCAAGCAGAUCGUCGUUGUCACUCCGAUUCUAAUCCACCAAUUGGACCAAACUGAAACACUUUCUGUCGCUGGGUUUCCUCGGAGGUUUGUUGUCCUCCGCCUGACUAACUAUGUGAGCUUCUGUGAGCUCGGUAGUUGACCAGCGGAGCCUCCAGCCGACCGUCGUCUCCGACAGCUCCGUGUGGGUUUGACGUCGGCACACAUUGUUGCUUGAUGUUUUCCAAAAGGCUCGAUUGCCGGUGAUUUCGAAGAUGGAGGAACCGUGUGACCUAAAGCACUUCGUAAAGUGUGGCGUCACUUUGGAGGGCUCAUUUCUCUGAUUUGGAUUAUUCUUGGCCAGCAGCCUCUUCAGGCCUACUAAUCCUAGACGAGUUUCUCAAUGGACACUCCGCUCAAAUCAGAGAUCAGAGAGGAGGGGAGUGGCGCCUCGGUGACGGUGGAGGGCCUAUCCAAGGCAGCUCUAAUCAAAAGCCUGUCUCCCAGAGUCAUGCUAUCCAACCAUCUCUUGCCGAAAGGGACCAAGAUGAAGGUCAACUUAGAAGAUCAGGAUCGUCAGAAAGUGUCCUUCAGCUUCGCACCAACCAAGAAGCCACUGCAGAGCCCGUUCUUCAUCCCUGGCAGUCCUGACAAGUUUGCUGCUGAGCCUAACGCUGCCUCAUUACAGUCAACCUCAGACAAUGAAGAGCAGGAUACGGACAGCCCAACUGAGCAAAACCAAACUCCCAUGGUGCCGACGAUCGCAGAGACACCUUCUCAAACACCAGUCUGCUCACCCACCAUACUGAGAACUGAUUUAGCUCAAAUGCAUUUCAAGAAACAAAUUCUAAGUGUCUCUGUGACUGAUGAGAAACCAACAUCUGUUGUGCCGGAGGAACCUCUCUCUCCUCAAUUGCAGGUUCUACAGAUACCAGCAAGUGUAACUGAAUUUCCAGUUCCCCCACCUCAGAAUGUCGUCAGUGUCUGCCCAUCUGAGAAUUCUCACAUUGAAGCCCCGGAGACGAGGGUAACCCCUAGCCCCAAGAAGCCACCUGCUUCCUCAGGAAAAGAUGGAGAGAGUUCCAGCAGUGGUGAGCAGGAUAGUAAGGCAGACAAAAGGAAAACAAGGUCCCCAACUGAUAGUGCUCCCCCUGGCUCAGAAUCCGAUGGAGAUUCAGGCCAGAUGUCUUCUAGUCGCAAAUCCGUCGACUCUAAAUGUAGAAGAAACUCUGACAGCAAAAGCAAAGAGGUAAAAAAGUCUUCCUCUGGUUCACAUCUGGAAGAAAGGGAAAAAAGUUCCUCUAAGCGGUCAGAGAAUCAUGAACGGUCUUCUAGUUACUCCAAAACAGACCGUGAUUCCAGACACACAUGCUCGCGUUCAUCUCGAUCAGACAAAGAUCGCAGACGGUCCCGGUCUAGAUCACGUUCUCGAUCAAGAGGGUCGCGAACAAGUUCAUCUCACAGAUCAGAGAGAUCCCGAGGCGACAGAGGAUCUCACUCCGAAAGGUCAUACUAUCAUGAUUCUGAUCGAAGAUCUCACCGUAGUUCUCCACGCAGAGAGAUAAGAUGUUCACGCUCUCGCACUGACAGAACUCGUGACAGUUCUGACUCUGAGGAUGACCACAGGAAGACACGGACACGGACAAGUGACUCCAGUAGAUUGUCCGCCCAUUCAAGCUCAUAUAAAGACUCAAAAUCAUCUUCCUACUCAAAAUCGGAGAAAGCCUCUAAAUCUGCAAAUUCUCCUCACUCUUCGGAGUUGGAUAAAAGAACACAAUUGUCAAAGUCUGAAAGGACUUCAAAGCGACUAUCAGACUCUGAUUCCCAGCGAAAGUGCUCUCCUGAUAUGGACUCCAGUUACCGUAAAUCUAGCAGCCAUCACAAUUCAGAGAGCAAUCGCAAAUCCUCUUCUUCCAGUAUGCAUAUCCACUCUCAAACAUAUGAAAAACGUCAAAAAAGCAGCUCUAGUGACACUGAGGCAGAUCAUAUGGGAAAAUCGCAGGCCUCUGGCAAAAACUCUGGCUUGGAGGAGAACUGUAAAAACUCACUAAAGAAAACCAGUAGGCCAGACUCGAAGCAGACGACCCCUACCAGAUCUUCUCAGAAAACCAGCAGACAUGAUAGGCAAUCAAAUGACAUAUUUCACAGCCCUGGCGAAGCACCGCCGUCUACAAAUGCCACGGAUUCAUGUUCCCAGAGUGAAAAAGAAAAAUCAUUUCCUCAACAAGUUGAAAUUGAACAUUGUGGUCAGGAUUUUGUCUCAUGGACUGAGACGAGUUUGCAAGAAUCGUCAUCCAAGAGCUCAACAGAAACUAAAUCAUACCUUGAAGUUGAGACCUCAACUGUCACCAUAAGUGAAAGCCUGAGGUAUGAAAAUGCGGCCCAUGAAAACUUGACCAAUGUGAAGGAUACACUCUCUUCUAAUAUUCAACCACACGUGAACUCAAAUGCAGUGGACUUAAAUGCAUGCAGUAGUAAUGAUAGUGUAAUAUGCAGCCAGGACAAGAAGGUUGUUGACUGUUUGCUCCGGUCAUCCUUAAUUGACACAGCUGGUUUACCAAACACCCACGGUGUCCUGCAGAACUCUGAACCAGAGACUGUUAAAGUUUUGACCGUCGAGGAGCCGUCUGGCACAAGUAUGCCGCUCAUAUUUGAUUCACCGUGUCUUGAAUCUGAGGGUCAGUUGACACUUGAACAGCAAAAUAUGGAUACUGUUAAAAAGAGCAGCGGUUCUACCAAAAAGUCCCGAUGGGAUAUUGUUGGGCAGGACACCCCAGAGAGUGAUAACUCACAGAGGACACUUUGUGCAGAGAGUAAGCAUAGUGUAAAAAAAGUCAUCUCUGUCAAAGAAAUUGAAUUUUCUAAAGACUAUAACCAACAAGACUCUGACAUGAAAGAUACUAUUCAGCAACAUUCCAUGCUGGUGAAGCAGACUGAGAUGUCUAAGCAGGAAGUUGGCUCGGACACGACCGAUAAAUACAAAGACCAAAAUGAGCACUCGCAAGCGAGCGCCAGCAUUGACCACUGUGACUUAAAACUGAGGGUUUCUCAAAAAGCAAAUACAGACACGCCUCUGCACCUCAAAGAUGCAUCACAGGUCUACAAAGAUGCAAAGAUGCAGAGCUGGAAUGGCAAUGAUCGUGAAGACAAAUCCAAGGGCAGCUCUCACAAGAACAAAUUGAGUAAGAGAGCAUUACUUCAUCAGCAUGCAUCAGGAGAGCAGAGCGAGAUCAGUGAUAGUGACAACUCGGAGUAUGACUCUGAUUGCGGGGAGGCUAUAAAACGAUUGCAUUCUGUCGUGGUGGUGCCAAAGAAUUCUUCGCUAACGAUGAAUUCACAUGACACUGGUGCUUCCUCGCGCAGUCUGCACAAUGUGAAUAUCAAUGAAAUCCCAAAUCCAGGCGUACAACAAGUGGAGGGGAGUCCUUCCGCAUUCAUGGAGACCAAUGCUCCGUGUGUUGGUGUGAACGAACUAUUUCAUCGCAGCAUGUUGUGUCAAUCCCAGAGUAAUAUGAUUGAUAGCACCAGUCAAUCGGAGGGUUCCAGCUCCGUCAUUGCACAGACGUACACGGCUGGUCUUAUUGGUGCCCAUGGCAGUGCCACAGAUCACAGCCGCGAUAAUUCCAGACAGUGUGGGCCAGGGCACACAGCGCAUAAUAUAAGCAGCAGAGGGGACAGGGUCUACUCCCAUUACCAACAUGAUGAUUUUCCCACUGUUGACAAUGUCAAUGAAAGGAAUGGAUUCAGCCUGGGUUGGGAUUCUACGCAACCGGAGCAGCCCAGUAGUACAUACCAGCAGCCCGAUAGCAGUCAUGGGCCACAGAUACCAAACGCUAAACUGACUGAAACCUCUCUCACAGAACAGGAGCACAGGCAGAGCAAUGCCACAUGGACCCACCAAUCCCCAAACACACAGACUAGCAGACAAGCCUACCUCCAUGGGCAUGAACAUUAUCAGGAUCUCGCAGGUGAAAUUCAUCCUGACUCUCUAACUAAUGACCAUGACGACUACAGUGGCGAGAAACUAUCUGACCUCAGUAAAAUAGCCGUUGAAUGCAGGGGACUUCACACUCCUGGGUCAUCAAGCUUUGUACAAGGGCAUGAAAUAAGCAGCAAUAGCAGGGGCUCUGCUGUGCCUGACCCCCCGAGAGAAGACCACUUCAGACCCCACAGAGGCCGGGGCCCUCCCAAGAAAAGGCGGCCAGAGAUCGAGUCGGAUUCAGACAACGAGGCGGAAGCUGGGCCAGCAGGCAAAAGGGAGCGUCAAAGAGAUGCCGACGUCCCAAAGGAAAGUCACGUCAAAGAUGAGGUGCAGCGGCCGACGCUCAAUCUGCGAGACUUUCGAGACGGCAGUAGAUGGAAAGAGUGCGCCAGGUCUAAGAAGAUGCCCCCUUACUUUGACUUGAUUGAGGAGAACAUGUAUCUGACUGAGAGAAAAAAGAGCAAAUCUCAUCGAGAUAUCAAGAGAAUGCAAUGUGAAUGCCCGAUGCUGCCUAGAGAGGAGCGUUCAAGGGGAGUCAUGGCAUGCGGGGAAGACUGUUUAAACCGGCUGCUGAUGAUUGAGUGCUCCUCGCGGUGCCUGAAUGGAGCCUACUGCUCCAACCGACGCUUUCAAAAGAGGCUACAUGCCGACUUUGAGGUUAUCCUCACAGAAGACAAGGGCUGGGGUCUACGGGCAGCGAGAGAGUUGGCUUCAAACACCUUUGUGCUGGAAUACUGCGGGGAGGUAUUGGACCACAAGGAGUUCAAAACAAGGGUGAAAGAGUUUGCUCGCAACAAGAAUAUCCACUACUACUUCAUGUCCCUAAAGAAUAAUGAGAUCAUUGAUGCAACGCUGAAGGGAAAUUGCUCUCGAUUUAUGAACCAUAGCUGCGAGCCCAACUGUGAGACCCAGAAGUGGACUGUCAACGGCCAGCUUAGAGUCGGGUUCUUCACCUCCAAGGUGGUUACUGCGGGAACUGAACUGACGUUUGACUACCAGUUCCAGAGAUAUGGCAAAGAAGCACAGAAAUGCUUCUGUGGAGCUCCCAGCUGCAGAGGCUUCCUGGGUGGGGAGAACCGAGUCAGUGUUCGGGCAGCAGGAGGGAAGAUGAAAAAAGACCGCAGUCGAAAGAACGCUCUCACCACGGUUGAUGAGGAGCUUGAGGCGUUAUUGGAGAAUGGAGAAGGCCUUUACGAUGAGAAACAGGUGGUGGCUCUCUGCAGGCUAAUGGUCCGAGUGGAAACCAUGGAGCAGAAACUCAUCUGUUUUAAGCUCAUACAAGAUACUCAAAAUCCAUCAUGCCUGAAGCAGUUCCUGGACCAUCAUGGAUUGUCUUUGCUGUGGAUCUUCAUGGUGGAGCUUUCUGAAGCCAAAGGCAACAGUGCUAAUAACAACAAACUGCAGUUAGAGAUAAUGAAGACCUUGGCUGUGCUGCCUAUCUCUACUAAGAACAUGUUGGAAGAGAGCAGAGUCCUGAGCUUCAUCCAGCGAUGGGCCCAGACAAAAACUCUCCCUCACCCUGUCGAGAUAGAUGGCUACUCCAGUGAGAACACCUCCCGUGCUCAAACACCCCUCAACACUCCCGAUGGGUCCUCCACCAAACUGGGAUCAGAAUUGGACGGGGACACGUCAAAACCUGCUGUGUAUCGCCGCCUUAAAAUCAUCAGUGAAAACAGUCUGGACAGCGCUCUCUCUGAUGCUAGCAAAGCUUCUGAUGGGAAGGAUGAAGAGGAGGAAGACGAUGAUGAGGAAGAAGAUGCCUCCUCACAUUCAGGACUUCUUGACAGCAAACGGUUGAAGGCAGAGCCUGUAUGUGAAUCUGCAGAGCCAACUAAAGAAACAAUGGAAGAGCCGGUGAAAGAAGAAGAUCCGAUCAAAGGGGAGAACGAGGAAGAGCCGGGGAUGAGUGUAAUCAGUCCACAACAUCAAACUGAGGAGGUACAAGAACAAAUUGAGCUAGAUUUGGAGGAGGAAAUUGAGAUGAAAACGGAUGCGAGUGAGGGGCAUUUGGGUGAACUUGAGGCGCCAAAAGAGCCUGGUGAAGAACAGGAGAGGAGGGAGGAGCAGGCCAGUCAGCCGGCGACAGAAAAGGAUAAACUGGAAGGAGACCAGCCCGCCGUUGAAGUCCUCGAACCAGAGAGUCAGUCCAUCCGAACAGAUGAAGCUGAUCUUCCACCGGAGCGGCCUUUAGAGAAUAUGGAGUCCCAGGCAGAGACACAAGAAGCUGAGAAACCACCAGGCAGUGAGGCACAACCUGGUGAAUCUACCACUGAUGCAGCCCCGAGCUCCGAGACCCCGGAGGCCGGUGUGCCCGCUGAGGUUAUUGCGACCCCCGUCGACCCAUCAGUGAUAGGAACUCCUUCUCAGGAUGAGGAGGAAGGUGUCUCAGAUGUGGAGAGCGAGAGGAGUCAGGAGACCCAACUCGGUGCAUUGGACAUUAGCGGCAUGGCUGCCCGGCUUCUGGACAGCUGGAAGGAUCUGAAGGAGGUCUACAGAAUACCAAAGAAGAGUCAGGUGGAAAAAGAAGCAAAUGAUCGCAGCCGAGAUCGAGACGCAGCUUUGACGCCACGUACAACUUCUGGUAGCCGAGAACGUGAAAGAGAGCGAGAGAAGGAGAGAGAACGUGACAGAGAGCGAGAUUAUGACCGAGACAGGGAUCGAGACUGGGACAGGGACCGAGACAGAGAACGCGAUCGAGACCGAGACCGCGAUCGAGUCUCUGACAAAACUCCACAACGCAGCACAGAGAGACGGAGGAGACGCUCAGCUUCACCACCGGCGUCCUACGAGAGGAGCAGCCGACGCACUGAAGAGCGGUUUGACGCAUCAAACAGCAGCAAGACUCGGGGCAAGGAGCGCAACAAGCUGUCCACAGAGGAGCGCAGAAAGCUGUUCGAGCAGGAGGUUGCUCAGCGGGAAGCCCAGAAACAGCAGCAGCUUCAGCAGCAGCAGCUACAAGAGCAGCAACAACAACAACAACAACAACAACAACAGCAGCAGCAGCAGCAACAACAACAGCAGCAGCAGCUCCAGCUCCAAACUAUGGCGUAUGACCCUGCUUUGGUCUAUGCCUCCAGCUCUGGCUUCAUCACCUACCCUCCUGGCUAUCCCAUCCAGGCCUUUGUGGACCCAACAAACCCCAACGCAGGCAAAGUACUACUUCCUACCCCUCCGGUUGAUCCCGCCCUGAACUAUGAAGAGACACCUCCUCAGCAUCUUAUCUCAGAACUGGGUCUGUCCUCUCCAUCUUCCACUUCCCAGGCUCCUCCCAUCGCUAAUCUUUCUCAGCACAUCGCCACCACCGACCUCGCCGCUGGGAACCCCGAACAGUAUUCCCAGCCAACUGUAGCAACUCAGGAUGCAGGCGUAGCUGUCCUCUCUGUUCCCUCCCAGGUGGCCCCUCAGGUACAGAGCCAGCAGAGCUACACCACUCUCUGGGAUCCCACCACUCAGCAGGCAGUGACUGUGCAGACACAGCCUGCACAGCAGUACGCCCCGGCCCCAGCACCGCCUCAGACACAGACGGCCAUCUAUUACCAGGGUCAGCCGUGCCAAACCAUCUACAGCAUCCCCACCGCCUACCCACAAGCCAACGCUCCCGUCAUACAGGCGUACACUGAACCCACAGCGAGCUACCUGCAUGGCCAGCCUGUGUAUCCUGGCCAUCAGCAGGGCGUGGUGGUGCAGCAGGGUGGCACCGUCACCACCAUCGUCACGUCCCAAACUGUCCAACAGGAAAUGAUUGUACCCAACAAUGUGAUAGACCUGCCUCCCCCAUCUCCCCCCAAACCCAAAACCAUCGUCCUACCUCCCAACUGGAAAGUGGCCCGCGAUCCUGAGGGCAAGAUCUACUACUACCAUAUUGCCACCAGGCAAACACAGUGGGACCCUCCCACAAACUGGGAUGGAUGUAGUGACAACACUAGUGUGGACCAUGAAUCGGAGAUGGACCUGGGAACUCCCACCUAUGACGAGAAUCCUUCCAAGUUCUCCACAAAGACAGCUGAAGCGGACACGUCCAGUGAGCUGGCUAAAAAGAGUAAAGAGACAUUUCGCAAAGAGAUGUCCCAGUUCAUAGUGACGUGUCUGAAUCCUUUUCGGAAACCAGACUGCAAACUUGGACGCAUCAGCAACACAGAAGAUUUCAAACACCUGGCUAGAAAGCUAACUCACGGAGUUAUGAAUAAGGAGUUGAAGGCUUGCAAUAAUCCCGAGGACCUUGAGUGUAACGAGAACGUGAAGCACAAGACCAAGGAGUACAUCAAGAAGUACAUGCAGCGAUUUGGCACCGUGUACAGGCCCAAGGAGGACACCGAGGUGGACUAGCCUCCGAACUCUCCUGCUCGAGCGCAGGAGAAGCACAGAUUUGCCUUUCAAUUCACUCCUUCAUGUAUGUUCUGGCCAGCCUGAGCCGUGAAGUAGUUUCUUAAGCAUAUUUAUGACGAAGAAGAAUUGCACUGCUGCCCAUAAAGCUCUCCAGGCCCCGUGGAUCACAAAGUACCCUGAUCGCGAGACUGACUUGAGACUCGAGUGUCGCUGAACGACCCGAAAAAAAACUCCAGGUGCAGUUUUCUCAAAGGAUGACGCUGCGGGGUGCUACGGAGACUCAUGUUUUCACUGACUGUUUUUUUUUUUUAACCAUUUUUUCCUUCUUUUCAUGUGUGGCUCUUAAAUGUUCCCAAGAUGAUCCCCUCAAUUCCACUUUUUAAACUCGUCUGGCCCUGAAUGAGUAUUACUCAUUAGAAUCAGCAUUGGUAUCCUAUUCACCAAAGUCUCUUUGUUACUUUCCACUGUUAAAAUGGAUCAAUGACAGACAAGUCCAGUGCUUUGCCCCUCCCACUUCCCCUUUUCUUGUGCACGCUUCAACCCCCCUGACACUGACUAUCUGGUGCUGCUUUUAACUGGGCUGUGGAGGUCCACACUUCCGCUCCUCAAACCCUGCCUUCUCAGCCACGAGACUUUGGAGCCUCUGUUGUUUUAUGAAUGCAUGAUGCCGAGGUUUGAGUGGUAUCCUUGUGAAAAAAUCGUAAAUCUUUCACGUCUCCUGCUUCAUAAUAUGAGAUGAGCUUUUACUCACGACACACUUAGAGAUCAGUCAAUAACCAGCAGGUUGGCAAGGUGGUCAAUAUGUCUUUUAUUAAUGUGUGUAUUAUAACGGGUGCCGGGUUUCAACGCCAUGUUUGAUGUGCCGUUUCCAGUCCAACCCCUAUCUCAUCUUGUUCUGCCUGGUUUCCUCUUCUUACAGGGAUGAUGCUGAAGGUCAAAAGUUGUAGCAUUGCAGUUUUAACCGUUUCUAAACCUCUUGUGUGUUCUGGUUCAUCUUUAUCACAGUUAGUCUUAGUUCAACAACACUUGCUUCACAAACUCACUCAUUAAUUUCCCAGAUUUUUACGGUUGUCAAUGUAGAUUCAUUAGCAUUAGGUCACCGUUUUGAUUGAAUUGCAUUAAAACAAAGUUUCAACAUAUGUAUAUUGCUUUAUAUGUGAAUAUAUUGAAUAAUGGUUUUGGGAGUGUCUAAAAAAGCAGACACUUUGUAAAAUGACUAUCAUUUCAUGAUUGAAAGUGUAAAUAAUGUGUAAAAUGACAGAAUCUGUAUGCAGGAGAGUCGUGUCAGGGAGCACAGGGAGCCCACCCACUCACCCUCACCAGCUCAGCCCUCCGGAUGCAGUUCCCACAUCAGUUUGUUAAACGUAGGACCCCACGGACUCGGCCCUCUAUUUUAUUUCAGUGGUGGGGGACAUUUUCAAGUGUUUGCUUUUUUGUUUUGUUAUUAUUUUUCUAUGUACAAAGUAAGUUUCACCCUACUUAACUGUAAGUAUUGUGUAAGCACAUUGUCAUACCGAGUGUACAAACAUUUAAAAAAAUAAAACCUUUUGUAAAAUGAUA